AUGUCGAAGAAAAGCCGUGCAAAGGGAGAGAAGCCUGACAUGGAGGUUGAUGCUGUCCAAGCUGCAAAUGAGGAAUUGCGGACUAAGUUGACCAACAUCCAGAUAGAAUAUCAGCAGGAAAAAGGCAAGGUGGGCAAACUGAGAGAGAAGCUCCAGGAAGUAAAGCAAGAACGAGAACAAGAACAGCACAAACACACGGCUUACAUAUCGGAGCUGAAGGCGAAGCUCCACGAAGAGAAGAUGAAGGAACUCCAGGCUCUCCGGGAGAUACUUAUCCGGCAGCAUGAACAAGACGUGGCUCGUGUGGCAAAAAUAAAAGACAGCGAGAUUCAACGACUGCAGUCCACAGUAAAUGUUCUGCGAGACGGAGCAGCUGACAAAGUGAAAACGGCAUUACUAAAUGAAGCCCGGGAAGAAGCCCGGAAAUCGUUUGAUGGUGAGCGGAUGAAGAUGCAACAGGAGAUCCUAGAACUGAAAUCCGGUAAAAAACAGCUAGAAGAAACUUUGAGCAAUGUCAUGCAGGCAGAUAAGAUGAAGGCGGCUGACCUACGCAUGGCCUACCAGUCCCAUCAGGACGAGAUACACAGGAUAAAGCGCGAGUGUGAGAGAGACAUCCGCAGGCUGAUGGAUGAGAUAAAAGGCAAAGACCGAGUGAUUUUGGCGUUGGAGAAAGACCUUGGUGUCCAGGCAGGCCAUACACAAAAGCUGCUGCUCCAGAAAGAAGCCCUGGACGAACAGCUUGUUCAGGCGAAAGAGGCGGAACGGUACCAUGGCAGUCCCAAGAGAGAACUUCCACCUGGAGUGGGCGAGGGCACGGAACUCGCAGGAAGCCCAGAGCAACAUAUGGAUGAGCGAGACAUGAGGAGGUUUCAGCUAAAAAUAGCUGAACUGAAUGCUGUAAUACGGAAACUGGAAGACAGGAAUACACUUUUAGCAGACGAAAGGAACGAACUGCUGAAACGGUCUCGGGAGACGGAAGUGCAGCUUAAACCACUUGUAGAAAAGAACAAACGGCUGAACAAGAAGAACGAGGACAUGUUGCAGACUAUACAGAGAAUGGAAGACAAAAUUAAGAACCUUUCUAGGGAAAAUGUAGAAAUGAAAGAGAAGUUGUCUGCCCAGCCCACUCUGAGAAGACACACUUCGUUGAAUGAUCUCAGCAGCUCACAAGAAGAACAAGAAGUUGAAUUCCUUAAACUACAAGUUCUGGAGCAACGACGUGUUAUUGAUGAUCUCGCAGUGGAACGGGAGCAGUUGUUACGGUCUAAGAAACCAAAAAGGAAAAGUCUGAAGCUUCCCAAAAGGCAUGUUGUGGAGACAUUUUUUGGAUUUGAUGAAGAAUCAAUUGAUUCAGAAACCUCAUCGAUCACCUCAUAUAACACAGAUAAGACAGACAGGACUCCAGCUACACCAGAAGAGGACUUGGAAGAUAACACACCGAGAGAAGAAGCCGAUUUGCGGUUCUGUCAGCUAACAAGAGAAUAUCAAGCAUUGCAGAGGGCAUACGCGUUGCUGCAGGAGCAGGUCGGAGGGACCCUGGAUGCAGAAAGAGAAGCUAGGACUCGUGAGCAACUGCAAGCGGAUCUUCUCAGGUGCCAAGCAAAAAUAGAAGACCUGGAGAGAGCGCUGAUGGAGAGAGGACAGGAUUCCAAAUGGAUAGAAGAAAAGCAAGUACUGAUCAGGACUAACCAGGAAUUGUUAGAAAAGGUUUAUAAAAUGGAGCAGGAAGAAAGGCAGCUGAAGAGUGAGAUGCAAGAUGCCAGAGAUCAGAAUGAGCUCCUGGAAUUCCGUGUCCUAGAACUGGAAGAGAGAGAACGAAGGUCACCAGCUUUUAACCUUCAAAUAUCUGCCUUCCCUGAGAACAACAGCAGCGCCCUUCAGCUGUUCUGUCAGCAAGAGGGAAUAAAGGAUGUGAAUAUUUCUGAACUUAUGAAGAAGCUAGAUAUCCUUGGUGAUAAUGGGAAUCUGAGGAAUGAAGAACAGGUUGCAAUAAUCCAAGCUGGAACUGUACUUUCCCUCUGUGAAAAGUGGCUAAAACAAAUAGAGGAGACAGAAGCCGCGCUCACUCAGAAGAUGGUGGACCUGGAAAAUGAAAAGGACCUGUUCAGUAAGCAGAAGGGUUAUUUGGAGGAAGAACUCGACUACAGGAAGCAAGCUCUGGACCAGGCUUAUAUGAAAAUCCAGGAGCUGGAAGCCACACUUUAUAAUGCUCUGCAGCAGGAGCCAGCGAAGAGAGCCAGCGAAUCUUUGAACGAGGCACAGAGGGAAGACUUGCGAGCUGCUGUGGAGAAGGUGCGGAGGCAGAUCCUGCGGCAAAGCCGGGAAUUUGAUAGCCAGAUCCUGCACGAGCGCAUGGAGCUACUGCAGCAAGCCCAGCAGAGAAUUCGGGAGUUAGAAGAUAAAAUUGAACUUCAGAAGCGACAGCUCAAAGAAAUAGAAGAAAAGUUUUUGUUCCUUUUUCUGUUUUUCUCACUAGCAUUCAUCCUGUGGCCUUGA